UAUGAGAAGGCUACCUCAAAGUUUGGAUGGAUCUGUGAGGCAGCUGCUGGAGCUCCAAGAUCAACCACAGACUUGCUCGAUCUACAGCUCCAUCCUGCGGCAAUGCAUCGAUUCACGGGCACCGCUGGGUGUCGGCAGGGUUGUGCACGAUCACAUCGCCAGCCACGGGCUGGAUCGGGGAUGCUUUCUCGGGAAUUUGAUGCUCCAGAUGUAUGCGGCCUGUGGUGGAUCUGGCGCGGACGCCGAGUCAGUGCUGGCGAGACUUCUCGAGCCGGAUGUUUUCUCGUGGAACAUGGUCAUGGCAGCAUAUGCCAACAAGGGGCAACUGCAAGAGGCUCGGCGGAUCUUUGAGCUCUCGCGGAGGAAGAAUGUGGUGUCAUGGACGAUCGUCAUGGCGGCGUUCUCUCAGAGUGGUCGGAUCCGUGAGGCUGGGACGAUGUUCCAGGCGAUGCCGCAGCACAAUCUCGUCUCCCAGACGGCGAUGAUCCGAGCUCUUGGCCAGAGAGGGGAUUUUCGAUCGGCUCGGAGACUGUUUGAGACGAUGGAGGAGAGGAACUUGGUGUCCUGGAACACUGUAGUGGUGAUCUACGCUCAGGUGGCGAUGGUGGAUGCUGCGAUAACCGUGCUGGAAAGAGCUCCCGGGUGGGAUCUUAUCUCCUGGACAACCAUGCUUGCAGCAUAUGCCCAACGAGGAGAUCUUUGUAAGGCGAGAGAGAUCUUUCAUUGGAUGAAGCACCGGAGUGAGGCUCCCUGGAAUGCGAUGAUCCAGGCGUACGCCGAGGCUGGCGAAAUCGAUCGCGCGAGUGAGAUGUUUGAGAGGAUUCCCAUGCGAGACAUUAUCACCUCGACGACGAUGGUGGACGCGUAUGCUCAGGUCGGGGAUCUUGCUGUUGCGCGAGCGAUCUUCGACGAGAUGCCCGAGAGGAAUUCGGUGACUUGGUCGGUGUUGAUCUCGGCCUACGCCAAGAACAGCGGGAGAGAGUCGCUUCGUCUGUUCCUCCGGAUGGAUCUCGAGGGGUUUCGAGCCGAGGAGAUGACUUACGUCGCGGUGCUGGAUGCGUGCUCGAGCGCGGCCGCGGUUGCCGAGGGCAGGAUCAUCCACGAGAGCGUUUCGGAUCGGGGGCUGGGCAGGGACUUGCGAAUUGGGAGCGCUCUCGUCGAUUUCUACGGCAAGUGUGGCCAGCUCGAGACCGCUCGGAUGAUCUUCUCGGAGCUCCCGAUCCAGGACGUGAUACUCUGGACAGCGCUGAUCACGUCGUAUGCUCACAAUGGCCAUCUCCCGGAAGCUCUGGCGAUCUUCCGCGAGAUGCUGCUCGCCGGGAUCCUCCCCGACUGCGUGACGAUCGUGAGUGUUCUCUCGGCUUGCAGCCAUGGCGGAGUGGAAGGCGAUGGAUGGAUUCACGUCGUGCGAAUGGCUUGGGACUACGAUCUGGAGCUCUCGCUGGCUCACUACCUUUGCGUGAUGGAUCUUCUGGGACGAUCGGGGAAGCUCGAGCUGCUGGAGGAUCUGGUGACAAGCAUGCCUUUCGAGCCGGAUGCUGUGGCAUGGACGACUUUUCUCAGCGCUUGCAAGGAGAUUGGAGACGAGAGCCGCGCUACUCGAGCUGCUCGAAAGCUCCGAGAGAUGGAUUCCAACGCCAUGGCCCCGUAUGCGCUGCUCUCCAACAUGCACGCCGGUGUGGCGAACGCGGAAGAUUGACUUUUCUCGUUUGCUUGAAGCUACUCUUUAAACUAUGCUUUCCAGCAUGGAUCCACGAGAGCAGCGAUGGACGGGCGGUCUUCGCAGAAGGCUCCGUUCUUGCUCGUCAUCCUCUUGAAAACUUGCUUUGCGAUGUAGUCGGAUCCAAACACCAGCAUCGCUUACGCCCGGAUUCCUGGACUAGCUUGAGGUGUACGAGCGCUUGAAGGCCCUCCUUGAUCUCGUCCGCGAAUCCAUCGCUAACAUACAGCGGACUCCCAAUCCGCCACCUCCGCCACUGCAGCUCGGACGUGACACUUCACGCACGGCUUGUUGCUGACAACGAGGCCUGGCAAGCCACCACAGACUUCGAGUCGAGCUCUCCUGCUCAAUCCAAAACCCAGAGCUCGGUUGCACUGCUCCAGUUUGUCCAGAGACUAAGCUUCCAAAUGGCAGACUAUACCAGUGUACGCGUCGCGGUAUGGAGGGGCCAGCUGAGAACUCCUGGGCUGAUCCAUCGACGAUCAGCCAGACAGGAAAGUUGGAGUUCCAUAGAAUUCCUCUUUGAUUUUUUACUUUAACUAGUAACAAUAUCUGUUCUCAUGUAGCGUAGCAAUUAGCAAUCCACACCAGAGCCACCAAUGCCCAAAGUAGGAGUUGCCCAUGCAACAACAUGGACGUUCCUCCGCUCGGUACUCUCGAUGAAAUCCUCCAGGAGC